UGAAGCAUGAAUCAGGUUCAGAGGCGCUGUGCUAUUUCUUGGUUGCUAAGUUCAGUCAUGGUCGUGCUGUGCACGGCCACAUUUAUGUACCAGGCUGGUUUGCAGGUCAGGAAUUACCUCGAAUACGGCCAUCAGUCCAUAAUAACAGAAGUGAAAAGGCGGGACCUCGUGUUCCCGUCAGUGACUGUCUGCAGCAAUAGUUGUUUCAGGAUUAACAAAAAGUCUGAGGCUUGUCUCAAGACCCCUCGGCUAUGCACCAAGUUUAGCCAGGAGGUGACGUUUGCAAUUUUCCGAGCCCAGUACGAACCAGAGAUGCGGGAACUUGUCGGAUAUAAACCGCAAGAAAUUUUUGAAUGCCUCAUGGAGUCAACCAGCUCCGAGUGUCGGUCGUUCAGCUGCGUUGACCAGUAUUAUUGUUAUAAACACACUAAAAAUAACAACCAUGCAUUCUUUAAUUAUGUGAUUCUGAAUUUCAGCAUCCGGAUAACAUUUCUACGUUUGCCUAUCAUGCUUUGUUACACCAUAGACAGUACUCUUUAUGGAGGCCCUGACAACAUGCUUGAGAAGUGCAGCGCGCCCUGGCUAUACGAACUGCGUAUUCGCCUGCGCUUCAUCGAGAAAAACACUCUACGUUUGAUGAGCUUGCUGCCGUUCCCGGUGUUCGUGCAGCGGCCGCAGCUGUGCCAACCCGAGCGCAACGCCGCCAUCGCCUUGGUUCCACAGAAGAGCUACGACAUCGCCAUAAAGCAGCAAACUAAACGACGCCUGCCGUCCCCUUUCACUUCACGCUGUAAGGACUACGUCAGUGAAGGCGUUAAGGAUGAGUUCUACGGAUUUUCAUCUCAAGAGUCAUGCACUCAGACAUGCUUGAUGAAGAAAGAGAUGGAACUGUGCAGCUGUCACAUGUCGGAUCACGAAUACUCAGCCACGUUUAAAGGGCGCAUCUGCGACUUAUUGGAAGGAAGUAAGUGA